GGCUUGAAGAAAUAUAACAGUUAUUACAUUAGUCCUCUAUAUGUUUUGGCUGGAUGUCAGAUACAAAUAAUAAAAAAAUCAGAUAAUAAGUUACAAGUGAAUAAAAAUGAAUGAUGUGUCUUAUUAUGUGUUAUUGCCUUAAAUUCUUCGAAUAUCGAAUAAUUCAGCUGCAGGAAUGGCUAAUCUACCCUCCCAUGGAAUCUAUUAUUGGCCUUGUAUCUUCUUGAAUCUGCCUUAUGCGUACUUCACACUGGUUAGUUCAAUAUAGUGGGAAACGUUCCUUAUAUCGGUUAAAAAGUACGACAGAAAAAAAAAAAUAAAAAAUUGUCGACUUUCACAAUGUAACUACACUUGUUGAUGAUUAAUUACUGGACUUUAGGUUAUUAUUUGAGACGUCUUAUUUUAAAGGUGGCACAAGUGAUGAAAAAUGGCGUCCCUGCGAAAUUAUUGAGAGAAGUACAAGUAUCCAAGAUAUCAAAUGCAAACAAAUCUUCCCGAAAGUUGGCAUCUUCUAGGCAUCUCCUAGUUAAAACUUAAACGUCUUGAUUUAAACGCAGUGAAAGUUGUGCCACUUUCAAGAUAAAUGGCUCAUUUUUAAAAUUAGAUUAUUAAGAGCAGAGUUAUCGAAGGCCAACAAAUGCAAACAAGAAUGUAAAAAUCGAUAAAUUCGACCUCGACUUCGAUUGUGAUUUGAUAACAUUUAUCUUUUAAUGUUAUUAAUAUAUACUAAUGUAUACUAAUGUGUAGUAAUGUACAAUAAUACUAUUGAAUUAACAAAAGCGUUAUAUAUAUAUAAUAUAUAUACAAUUUUAUAUUUAUUAAAUAAAUAUAUAUAGUAUAUAA